CCUUCCGAGGGGGCGCAGGAGGAGGAGCGGGAGGCAGCGGCGGCGGAGUGAGACCCGGCGCGAAGAUGCUCUUUCCCUUGGCCCUUGGGCUCACACUGCUGCUCCCCUGGGUGGCAGGUGGAUUAGGGAACGCGGCCAGUGCAAGGCAUCGUGGCUCUUCGCUGUCCGCUUUCCAGCCUGGGGUGUGUCACUAUGGGGCGAAGCUGGCCUGCUGCUAUGGAUGGAGACGGAGCAGCCGGGGCAUCUGUGAAGCUGCGUGUGAACCUGGAUGCAAGUUCGGUGAGUGUGUGGGACCGAACAAAUGUAGGUGCUUUCCAGGGUACACCGGGAAGACCUGCAGUCAAGAUGUGAAUGAGUGCGGCAUAAAGCCCCGCCCAUGCCAACACAGAUGUGUGAACACACACGGCAGCUACAAGUGCUUCUGCCUCAGCGGCCACGUGCUCAUGCCAGAUGCCAGCUGUGCAAACUCGAGGACGUGUGCCAUGACAAACUGCCAGUACGGCUGCGAAGACACGGAGGAAGGGCCACGGUGCCUGUGUCCAUCCUCGGGGCUCCGCCUGGCCCCCAACGGAAGAGUCUGCAUAGAUAUUGAUGAAUGUGCGGCCGGUAAAGCCAUCUGCCCCUUCAAUCGAAGAUGCGUCAACACCUUUGGGAGCUACUACUGCAAAUGUCAUGUUGGUUUCGAACUGAAAUACACCAGCGGCCGAUAUGACUGUGUAGAUAUAAACGAAUGUGCUGCGAAUACCCACACAUGCAGCUUCCAUGCCAACUGCCUCAAUACCCUAGCCUUCAAGUGCAAGUGCAAGCAGGGGUUUAAAGGCAAUGGACUUCGGUGUUCCGUUAUCCCCGAAGAUUCGGUGAAGAAAGUCUUCAGAGCGCCUGGUACCAUCAAGGACAGGAUCAAGAAGUUGCUUGCUCACAAAAACAGCAUGAAAAAGAAGGGGAAAAUUAAAAACGUCAUCACAGAGUCCCCGCCUUUCGACUCUGGAGCAAGCAUUUCCAGAGAUGGGAAACCUCCGGGGGGAAAGCAAGGGAGCACAGAGAGAAAGCAAGAGGGGCUUGAGGAAGAGAAGAGAGACGAGAAGGCCCUGAAGAGCCACGCGGAGCAGGAGCGGCGGCUUCGAGGAGACGUGUUCUUCCCUAAGGUGAAUGAAGCAGGUGAAUUCGAUCUGGUUCUGGUCCAAAAAAAAGCUGUAACUUCCAAACUGGAACGCAAAGACUUAAAUAUCUCCGUCGACUGUAGCUUUGACCAUGGGGCCUGUGACUGGAAACAAGAUACAGAAGAUGAUUUUGACUGGAAUCCUGCUGAUCGAGAUAAUGCUGUCGGCUACUACAUGGCUGUCCCCGCCGUGGUGGGGCAUAGGAAGGACAUCGGCCGAUUAAGCCUUCUGCUCCACGGCCUGCAGCCCCGAAGCUACUUCUGUUUGCUCUUCGAUUACCGCCUGGCGGGAGACAAAGUAGGGAAACUUCGCGUGUUUGUGAACGGCAACGACAGCGCGCCGGCGUGGGAGAGCAGGAGCGAGGACGCAAGCUGGAGGACGGGCACAGUGCAGUUCUCUCAAGGGGCCCACGCGACCACGAGUAUCAUUUUUGAAGCAGAACGCAGCAAGGGCAAAGCUGGAGAAAUCGCUGUGGACGGCGUCUUGCUGCUUUCAGGCUGGUGUCCCGACGGUCUGUUAUCUGUGGAUGGUUAAAUGUUACUAUUGCCUUUUGUAUCUUUAUAUUUGGCUUUUUAUGUUGGUUCUCUGUUGUUGUUUUCUUUUUUUUUUUUUGAUAUUGCAUCAUAGACGCCCCCAUUUUAGAAGUACAGAAUGAAAAAUUGUACUAACGAAUAUUGCAAGAUGCCUUUUCUCGUAGAAGAUGCACCGGUAUUUGCUUUAAAUAUACCAUUUGUGUCUCCUCACUCGUGUCUGAAUUUAUAGAAUGUGGACAUGCAAAAAACAAAAACAAAAUGCCAGUUCAGCUUCUUCCCCCAGCGUGUUUGAUUUGAUUUGUCUACAUGAGUUGAUGAACUGCGGUAUGCAUUUUUAGAUACCAAAAAAGGAGGAAAAAAAUACGCAACUAUUUGACUCCUGUGGCACUUCUGGGAAACUGACAUCACAGAUAUACUUUUUACCCUAGUGGCUUAGCCUGAUUUGUUACAGCCACAC